AGAAAGCAAAAGAAGGCAAGAAGCUGAGAGUUUUGAGUUUUGAGAUUUGACUCACGAGAGGAGAGUAAUGUGUGGGAAGUAGAAGUAGAAGUAGAAGGAGAGAAGCACCACUACGUCAGCGAUUCCUUUGCCUUUUUCUUCUUUCUUAGACUCGAAGACAAGUUUGAUCCUAUUUUGAGAAUCGCAUUCAGAUGGAAAGCGCAUCAGAGCUUGUGGAAUUCCCGUUGUUGCUGACACCAAUCGAUUCCAACUACAGAGCUUGCACCAUUCCUUACAGAUUCCCCUCCGAUAACCCUCGCAAGCCCACUCCCACCGAAAUCUCUUGGAUUGAUCUCUUCCUCAACUCAAUCCCCUCUUUCAAGAAGCGUGCAGAGAGUGAUACUUCUGUUCCUGAUGCUGCAGCUAAAGCUGAAAAAUUUGCUCAAAGAUAUGCUGAUAUACUUGAAGAUUUGAAGAAAGAUCCUGAAAGUCAUGGUGGGCCUCCUGAUUGCAUUCUUCUCUGCAGACUUCGUGAACUUGUGCUUAGAGAAUUGGGAUUCAGAGAUAUCUUCAAAAAAGUCAAGGAUGAAGAAAAUGCAAAAGCCAUCUCACUGUUUGAGAAUGUUGUUCAUCUUAAUGAUGCCAUUGAAGAUGAAGGCAAGCGACUUGAGAAUCUAGUUAGAGGAAUUUUUGCUGGAAACAUAUUUGAUCUUGGUUCUGCACAGCUUGCAGAGGUUUUCUCUAAGGAUGGAAUGUCCUUUUUGGCUAGUUGUCAAAAUCUCGUUCCUCGACCUUGGGUCAUUGAUGAUCUUGACACUUUCAAAUUGAAAUGGAGCAAGAACCCAUGGAAGAAGGUUAUCAUAUUUGUUGAUAACUCUGGUGCAGAUAUCAUUUUGGGUAUUAUGCCAUUUGCAAGAGAACUACUUCGGCGUGGGAGUCAGGUUGUAUUGGCUGCUAAUGACUUACCAUCCAUCAAUGAUGUGACUUGUUCUGAGCUAGUUGAAAUUAUAUCAAAGUUAAAGGAUGAAGAUGGACAGCUUGUGGGUGUCAGUACUUCAAAUCUCUUAAUUGCGAACUCUGGCAAUGAUUUACCUGUCAUUGAUCUUACAAGAGUGUCACAGGAGCUUGCUUACCUUGCCAGCGAUGCAGAUCUUGUCAUCUUAGAAGGGAUGGGUCGUGGAAUAGAAACAAAUCUCUAUGCUCAAUUUAAAUGUGAUUCUCUUAAGAUUGGAAUGGUGAAACAUCCCGAGGUAGCACAAUUUCUCGGUGGACGUUUGUAUGACUGUGUAUUCAAAUACAAUGAAGUUUCAAGUUAGCUAUGAAGUUAUAUUCUUUUCCUACUAAUGCUGCAGACCUGCAAUUUUUCUACUGUUAAUCCUUCAUCUUGAUACACCAUUACAUGCCUGUAGUUUGGAUACUCUUUAAAAUGUCAUUUUAGUAUUAUAAAGGUGAUAAAACCAAAACAUCUUACUUGUAAUAAGAAGUUAUUCUACAUACAUGACUUGGUCUCACUCUAACGAAAAGGUAAUAUGCAGAAAGAAAAAUGUCUCCAAUA